GUUCUUUUGUAGGCGUGGCUUGGUAUUAGGUAAAAAUACAUGCGCAGAGCGGCUGUCAGACAGACAGUACAGACCGAAUCACACAUCUAUAAUAAAACCUGACGGACUAUUUGUUGAUUACAUCAGACUUAAAAAGAUGAACAAAGACACAGAAAUUGACAUGGAGGAAGUGAAGCUGAAUGAAGUGGACCCGGAGAAGCAGCCCAUGACAGGCGACGGUCAGGCUGCAGGCAACGAGAAGAAUGGAAGCGUCAAGCUGAAGGUCCCUGAGGAUGACGUCACAUUCACCGGCCUGUCCAAAGAGGAGCUGCUGAGAGUUGCUGGCACCCCAGGAUGGGUGCGAACACGCUGGGUACUGCUUGUCCUGUUCUGGCUGGGCUGGGUGGGCAUGCUCGCCGGCGCCAUCGUGAUCAUUGUCCAGGCGCCUCGCUGCAAACCUAUUCCUGAGAUGAACUGGUGGAAUGAAGGCCCUCUGUACCAGAUCGAUGACCUCGAUGCCUUCUCUGGUGGCAUGGAAGGUCUAGAGGAGAAGUUGGACGGCAUGACCCAGCUGAAGGUGAAAGGACUCGUUCUUGGUCCUUUACACAGUGUCCAGGAAGACGAGCCGGCUACACUGGAACUUGAUAAGAUCAGUCCAAUCUUUGGGUCUCUAAAGCAAUUGGAAGCAGUGUUGGCAAAAGCCCACAAAAAGGGCAUGUCUGUGGUGCUUGACCUGACUCCAAACUACAAAGGAUCUGCUCCCUGGUUUCAAAAUGACGAUGAGAUCGUGGAGAAAGUCAAGUCUGCGGCAGAAUACUGGCUGAAUCUGGGAGUGGAUGCCAUCAAGCUUCGCGACCUCUCUCGUGCGUCCAACCUCACGGACUGGCCGAAACUGCGUGCUGCUGUCCAGGGCAACCGAACAGAGGACACCAAGAGCAGGGGCCUGAUAGGUGUGGUUGAAGGAGCUUCUCCCUCAGAGGUUUCUCAGCUCAUCAACGCCUCUGGGGUCGAUCUCGUGCUGUCAGACCUGCUCAGCAGCAGCAGCGGAGGCGCCGAGCGCAUCAGGGCCAUGGAUAUUCUCCACCCUCAGCAGAGGAAUGUGGGAUGGGGUCUCGGCGCCUCGAGCAACGUUCAUCUGUCGACACAAGCUAAAGCUCCGGGUCUGAUUCGUCUGUAUCAGCUACUUCUGUUCACUAUGCCCGGAACGCCUGUGUUCACCUAUGGAGAUGACAUCGGACUUCAGGCAGGAAAUGGUUCAGAAAAACCAAAAAUGCUUUGGGACUUGGAAUCGGAAUCGGCUAAUGCAACAGAGCACUCUGAAGUGAGGAAGUGGUUCAAGUCCCUCAGCGACCUGCGAGGAAAGGAGCGCUCGCUUCUCCAUGGCGACUACUACUCCCUGUACUCGUCCCCCUCAUGCCUCGCUUUUCUGCGGCUUUGGGAUCAGAGCGAGCGAUACAUCACUAUCGUCAACUGGGGGGAGAAAGCAGAAACGCUCAAACUGUCACUGCCGCUGCCGCCUACAGAUGGAGUCGAGUUACCAGAAACGGCUAAGGUGAAACUUUCGACGGAUGAAAACCAAGAGGCCGACUCCUCCAUCAGUCUGGACAAACUCACUUUAGGACCCAGGCAGGCUUUGCUCCUGCAGUUCCCCUAUACCGCCUGAAGAUGGCGCCAAACUACAAAAAGCAGUUUUCAGAUUGGAUUUUGUGAUCAGAAGCUGCAACAGUUCAACUUAGUCCUUUAAAAAUGAGUCACUCCUUAACACAAUAGUUGGAUCUAAAGAGUUAAAAAUGUUUUUUGCUGUGGGUGUUCCUAGUUUGACAUUUUGCUUAUUUGUUGUUUUGAAAAGUUGCAAAAUUUGUGUACAAACAGAUUUUAUGUGGUCAGUUAUCUUUUUUUUUUGUUUUUAAAUUUGGGCAGCAUUCCACUUUUUGGGCAUUCCUUUUAGACAUUUUAUUGUCAUUUUAAGGAUUUUCUUCUUUUUUUUGGGGUUCUUUUAAAAUGCUUGAAGAGGAAAAAAACCAACGUGACAAACAUCUUUUCAAAGAAAAAUAAUAAACCCGUCUGUACCGUCUCCUGUGUCCUCAUGUUUUUGUGAACCAUGUUCUUAUCAAAUCUAGCUUUGUAGAUGAAGAUAAAAAUCAAUUGUUUGUCGUUCACACCCUGUACAGGUGUGUGAAACUGUGUCACAGAUGUUCAAGGAAGCGCAUCUAAAUUCUCCAACUUAAAUUUGACGGCUUCA